AUGUCCUCGAAGGCCUGGCUGUGGUUUCAAUGUUCACUGAGCUGUUGCGCUCACCUGCGCGAUUUCAUCGAGGUGAAAGUGUCCGCAAAUCGCUUCAACCACCUGGAGAUGCUCUUGGGCCUGGAGGCUACGCCUUUCAAGUCCAAGAAGGCCCGCAGAUUCCAGUGCACGGCUUCAUAUUUUCGUUUCUGCCAAUUCGCCCAGAUCAAAGUGAACGCGGCGCGCCUGGAGUACUUGACGGAGCUCCUGGAGAAGGAGGCUGGGCUGGUCUGGGCUUGGCAGUGA